AUGGCCCUUGGCAUAGCCGUCUCGAGCGCUGUGCGCAGGACCAUCUUGCACCGCAAGUCGGACGUGGACAUGCAGCCUGCGGUGGCUCUGGGGCUGCUGCUCGUCUCCCUGGUCCUUUUGGCCCGGGAUGCCGCUGCAGGAGGGGCUGCCUGGGAGGUGGGCCAGCAAGACGUGGCACCGCUGCUGCUGCUGGGCUUGGUGGUGGUGCCCAUGGGGAUGACGCUGACGACAGCGGGGUCGCAGCUACUACCAAGCGCGGAGUCCGGGAUGCUCAUCUGCAUCGAGACCGUGUGCAGCCCGGUCUUGGCGGCCUACGUGGUCGGAGACAGUGUGCCCGCCCGCGAGUGGAUCGGCUUGGCCAUCGUGGUUGCCACGCUCACCGCGCACGCGGCGGCACCGUGA